AUGUCAAUUCCAGCGCCUCUGGAGGAUGAGGACCUCCUCAGGGAGAUCCUCCUCCGGCUGCCUCCGCUGCCGUCAACCCUCUCCCGUGCCUCCCUCGUAUGCACGCGCUGGCGCCGCAUCCUCUCCGAUCCCCGCUUCCUACGCCGUUUCAGCAGACACCACCCGGAACCUCCUCUCUUAGGUUUCUUCAAAGGGUCUACCCCAUAUCCCUUCUUCAUUCCUGUCCUGGACCCGCCCGAUCGCAUCCCUGCCGAGCGCUUCUUUCUGCCUGAGAUCACGGGGGAUUGGGAGUUCCUUGGCUGCCGCCACGGCCUCGCCGUCAUGCUCAGCGAGUCUCUGUGUGAGGUCUUCGUGUGGCAUCCCCUCAACGGCCAGCAGCACCGCGUGCCUUUUCCACCGGAUCGGAGCUCCGCGACGCCAAAAGGGAGUUUCUGUAGGUGCAGCGCCACGGUGAUGUGUGUUGAUGAUCAAGACGGGCAUGUGCAGGACGAUUGCUUCUUGAACCCGUCCUUCAAAUUGGUCUUGAUCUGCUCCCGUAGAGACCUGAAGACAUCAUUAGCUUGUGCCUACGAAUCAGUGUCGGGUGUAUGGGGGAAUAUUGUCUCAGCGUCGACUAGAAGGAUGGUUAUGAAGCUAAAGCCCAGCAUCCUUAUCAGGAGUGCAGUUUACUGGUUGCUGCAUGGAGGUCAAAUCCUUGCAUUCGAUAUUCAAAGGCAGACUCUUGCUAUCAUCGAGACGCCCGUAGAUGCCCAACGUUGGUCCUUUCAGCUCUUACGGACAGAUGAAGAUAGCGUUCUUGGCCUGGCCGCUAUGUCGAAACUGGGCAUUCACAUACGGGAGAGGAAACUGAACUCUGAUGGUGUUGCCCGAUGGGUGCUUCUGCAGAAAAUCAAUCAAUUGGAGGGGAUGUUGUCUAACGACUUCAUAAAUGGAGGGAUGGUGGGGUAUGACGAGGAGUUAAAUGUGGUGGUUUUGUCUACAUACAGUGGUGACUUCAUGUUGCACCUUGAGUCGAUGCGGAUCAGAUUAAUUACUAAAAAUAAUCGCCGGGUCGACAGGAUGCAUUUUCCGUACAAAAAUUUCUACACUGCAGUGUUCAUGUGA